AUGUCUCGUGAGACAUUGUCAUACGAUUCGACUUCUCCCAAGUUGACCACUAGUCUUUGUCCUCGCUCUCUCGCUCCAUCAUACAAGCGAUUCGUCAUUAGCGUGAAAGUUUCUGGCCCACACUCGGGAGUGACAGAGGGAUCCCAAGUAGACCACGUAGGCCUCGCACAGGUCGUUCUGCUGUCCAUGUCUUGCCUGCUGCGCACGAACGGAUGGCGCUAUGUGAUGGCGAAGCAGAGAUGCCUGACCGAGAAAGGGGGGCAGCAACAGCCUCCUGCGCUCGUCCCGGGGGCCGCCCCAGGCCGGCUCUCAGCUGCAGGCAGAAAUCGCCCAUCGCCUGACUGCGUUCCAUGCCUGGCUGUCUACGGAGAGUCUCUCCUGGACGGCCCGUGUGGAGGCGGCCUCGAUGAGGAUGCAUGCCAUCAGAGCUCAGAAUGGUGUUCGUCGGCUCCUUUUCAUGCCUCGGAACAGAGAUCCGACACUGAGGGAUCUGAGAGCCAAGGGAGACCUUAUUCAGAUUACCGGGAGGACGGGGCCUGCGUCGCGAGGUAUUCCUGCCUCAGAGACCCUGCCUCGGCGGGCGCUGUUUACGGCGGCGCCGCGCACACUCUUUUCAAGCCUGUGAACCUUCAUCCCAAGGAACCAUGUAUGGCCAAUAGGUUCACGUUCCAGGGCAACUCAGUCUGCAUGCGUAGACAUGACUCCACGCCGGUCGAACACAUGGCUCAGAGCGCUGCUUCUACGGUCGACGGGCGUCUUCUGACUAGUGUCCCCGCCGCUCUGAAGCAAGCGGGUUUCCCUAGAGGGUCAUACCUGUGGCACGAGGAACCCAGCGGGGGGACUCCACGAUCGCUGUCGUCUCUUCAAAAGCAGCGUGGCCCAAUAGAGGGCGACGGGCGCACCUCCAGAACGUCCUCCUUUCUCUACCUGGAGGCCCAAGAAGGAGACAUGUUGUGUGCGGUGGAGCCUGCCUCCAGAGACGGAGACGAAGGGUCGUCGUCGCCUUGCAGCUUCGCAGUGUCUCUUCUCUCGGCGGGGAGUCGCGCGAGCAGUGCGAGUCGAGCCAGCUUCCCCGCUUCGCCCGCGUUCAACUUCGCCUCCGCCGGUGAGGGGCUGAUGGAGGUGUCUGAGGGCCCCGGGGGACUGACGGCUCUCAACGAGCCGCUCGCUGCGGAGGAAUCCCUGAAAAUCGAGGACGUGAACACGAGUCAGGGGCUUGCAUGCGCGACGCCGGCUUCAGCGCUGCCUCCACGCCGCUCUCUUGACAGCGACCCGACGACACCGCAGUCGCGCUCCGGUAUUCCAGUGGCGGAGGCCUUCCCGCGUGUCCGCCUCCCGUCUCGGUGGGAGACAGCUGCAGAGGCGGAGGGCGACUCCAGGUCACCGCUGCCAGGCUCGGAUUCGGCCUGCAAAGACGGUUGCGCAGGGCCUCAGGAGGAGAGUGUUUCAGGUGAUACUCGAGCCCCAAGUCUUUGCGUGAGGAGGCACAACGAACCAGGGCGAAUGACCGGCGAUGCCAGCGAAGUCGACAGCCACUCCCCUCUUCUCGUUGCCAUCGGGAACCAACAAGCGUCCUCCGCUUUGAUCUCGGAAUUGCAGGAGGGCGCAGAAAAGAGCCAAACGCCUGCGUCGCCGGGAGACGGCUGCAGCGGCGGCGUCUGCUCUCCAAGCUCAGGCAGCGCAGCCGGCUCCGCAUCCUCCCCCACAGCCACAGAUGUUGCUGUCUCUCUGGCCGCCGGCAGAUCCGUGCCCUGCCCUGCAGCCGCUUCUCCGCAGUCAUCACGAGAGUUCCUCUCUCCCCUGCCAGCGUGCCAGGGUCGCGCGAACUCAACGGCGUCAGGCAGCGGCGCGGCGAGCAGCGGUGCGUCUGUGCUGCUGGCGUCGGCCCUGGCAGACGUCGCAUCCUUCGUCUCCGUUGGAGAAGAGCCGCCUCCUCCCCCCUCGCCCUCGACGUCCUCCCCUGACCAGCAGGCUUCAACAGCCGAACGAAUCCUCCCAAAGGUGUCCGCCCCCCCCGAAACUAGCGCUGGCCGCCAGGCGCGAGAACAAGCUGUACCCGGGCCGGCGAGCGGCGAUCGCGGGGCCGCUCGCCCAUCCCUGGAAACAGAAGAGAGCAAAACAGUCGAGUCGGGGGCUCGUGGGGAGUCCCCCCCGCUGCAUGCCCCAGAGAAUUCCUCCAGAGAUCCAGAUGGCACGGCGCCCGAAAGCACGCGGCGAUCCACGAACCGUGGGCAGCCUCCAUCAGGCGGGGCUUCUUCUUCAGGUCUGGACAAGCGCGCGGGAGUCGAUGCUGCAGCGCCUGAGGCCGUGCCUCCAUCGGCGUCAGGGCCAGAAGACCGCGAGCGGAGCGGAGCCGCCCUAGUGCUGGCGACAGGCGAUGCGGCGGAGAUCACGAGAGGCGCCGACUCCCAAGUGCCUACGACUGAGGGAAUGGCGUGCACAGAAGACAGCGAGGCUGACGAAGACGACGAGGCGCGAGAUGCUACAGAAUGCCCAGACUCUGGCGCUCCAGCGGAGUCUUUGACAGCGGCGGAGAGAGUGCUGGCGUCUGUCGGGAGGAGCAUGACUACGGCGAUCGAACUGGGGGCGGCCUCACUGGUUGAUUUCGUAACUCAGACCCUCUCGGACUUGGCGGCGGCUCCAGAUGCCUCUUCUCAGCUGCAUGCGCGGGCCGCGGGUCCCGCUUCGUCGUGGCGGGGGGAGCGACUGGACGAUGCAUCAAGGCUGGCCUCCUUCCGGGGUCCAUUCGCCGAGCAUGCGGCAGCCGCGAGCCGCCCGCGAUCCUGCUCUCCCUCUGUAUUGCGGCUGCAGCGUGUCCGGGCGUCUGAUGGCCAUCCACUUCAUUCUGGAGACUCGGCUUGCGGUGGCUUCACCCAACCGUUUACCCAGCCGUUUGCGCCAGUCGCUAACAGCUCGGCGGAGUUUCCAUCGAGUUGCAUGCUCUCCUGGCAGAGCACCGACGGGGGGGGACCUGGAGUCACACCGCGCCAAGCAGAGGAGGGAUGCAGCCCUUCCAAGGAGAAUCCGCUACUGCGUCCUCCAUCGCGGCCGGCAGUGCGGCGGCUGCCCCCCCUGCCGCCUCGCCGGGGCUCCGCGGAAGCCAGCCGCGGCCUCGCGCAGGCUCGCCUGCGCGCGUCUCCUGAAGGCCUCAACGAGUCGAGGUUCCGGGCAAAGUCCGCCAUGAAUCGGCGCCCGCGGACGCCUCCCUGCGUCCCUGCUGUGCCUCCGCACCCUGUGGCGUCUGGUACGGGCUCACGAGCCGCGGCGGCAGAAGUGGCGGUCUCACAACUCUGCUUCGACGCGAGGCUCGCGAGCGCAAUGAGAGCGGAGCCUCAUGAGGUAGAGUCUCUCGCGCGACAGACUAGCCCGUCCGACGGUUCUCAGACCCCUCACCUGUGGCGGCCCCCGCAGUCCUCGGCUAAUUUCUACACCCGAGGCCCGCCGCCUGUGUCACCGAUGAGACCUCAAGAUACGGAUUAUCGGGUCGCGCCCAGGCGCCAUUCGUUUGCAUUCCCCAGCUCGGCCUUCAGUCUUCGCGUUUCAGACACGGGCGGUCCUCGCUUCUCUGGGCAUUCGUUGACGUCUCACGACGGCGGUUUCUACCCGACCUGCUCUCCAGCGAGCUUGAUGGAUCGCGAGGGACUCUUAAAGAUCGAUGCUCUACACCACGCGGCCGCCGCCUUCUCGCCCGCUGAUCAUGCAGCCUCCGCAAAAAGAGCUGUCUUGUUCGCCUACCCUGCAGUACCAGUUUACCCUUCGGCGCCAGGCUUCCCAGUAGGCCCUCGCAUCGCCCCAGUGGAGCCGCGGGCCCCGUCCCCCAGCGUGCAAUACAGCGUAGGUCCUAGGCUCCAGCUGCCUCAGCCCAUUUCUCACCGUCUCGGCGGCGUGCGCUGUGUCACGCCAUCAAACGCCGCAACAUGCCGCAUGAGGUCUGGUUCCGCUCCUGUUUCCACUGCGCCAAGUUCUGUUAACGCGUACAGUGCAUGCGGUCACCGAAGCGUCCGCAACGCGGGCGAGACUGCCGUGGUAAGUCAGACAGUCAUGGGCGCGAGAAGCACCGGCGGUCAAUUUGGCGGAGGUCAGGGCCUCCAGCCUUGCCGGCUCCUCCGACACAGCACCGAUAUGCAGCACAGAGGUGUCUGUGAAAGGCCUAUGGCGCAGGACGGCGGAGAAGCUCCCGAUUCGCAGAGAUGUCAGCGCGAGUCAACCAGCCAGAUGUGUGCACAAGAGUGCCCAAUAUCUGCAGCACCUGGCAGCCAGUUGGAAGCGGCAGCGGACGCAAUCCGCACCCCAAGAGAAGUUCCGUGCGCGUGGACUUCCUACGCACCAAAUGGACAACGGCCGCGCGAGUACAAAAAACCGCCAUCGCCGCUGCGGGCGCGCUGGCUGCGAGAGGAGCUUUGCCGGCAGGCGGAGGCGGGGUUGUUGCGGAGAGAAAACUUUCCUAUGGAGGAGUUCCAAGAUCUCGUGGAACCCUUCGAGGUCGUGAAUAUCGGAGGCGUGAACGUUUAUAAACUCGAGGCAGGAUGGCAAGGUCCCGACUCUGUGCCGCCAAGCCAAGAAUGGGUAGAGCGGAACCACAUCGAAGGGACCGAGUUUACGGCCAACCUCGAGGCGAUUACCGAUGUAGCAAAUGCACUCUACGCCUCUCCAUUUCCGAACUAA